GAGGCAAGUGCCUCGCAGGUCAAAGGGCAGUUUACCUCAGCCGACUCACGUUACCGGCUAAGGUCUGCGUAGGGGUUUAUUAUUUAUUGCAAUUGUUAUUAAUUCGAAAUAUAUCCUAGGAGUUUUCCCAUGAAUCCCGCUGCCGCCGUCCCAGGCGCGCAGAGCCGAGCAUGCACCGUGGCGGGGUCUGCGUCGACGACGACGACGAGUUCGGCCCCACCAGCGCGGUCUCUGUUCAGGCACGUGCACUUCGAGAACCUGGUGGCCGGGCUGAGCGGCGGCGUCAUCUCCACGUUGGUGCUGCACCCGCUCGACCUGGUGAAGAUCCGCUUCGCAGGUGAGGCGCUCCGCGUCUUUCCCGCCCUCCUUCCUGCGCCGCACCGAUUGUUGCUGACGUCAUCGGCCGUACCAACGGUCACGACCCCCACCGUCCGUGACGUCAUCGGCCGGCCCGAUAGCCUGGGACCCUCCCCCACAAUUCCUCCCGGCACGACGUGGCAGCUCCGUUUCCCGCCAAUAGAGGGCAUCGAUUUGCACGUGCUAGUUUGUACAAUACGCAUAACAAGUAAUUUAUAGAAAUAAUUAGCGUAGUUUAAAAUAGAAAUUGCCGGGGAUGAUCUAACUCUGGCAACGAGGAGGCUUUUAAGGGCACACAGCAGAGCACACGUGGAAUCCCUCUUCAGAUAUUCCCAUUAAAUGAGUUAGGGCAGAGUGUCUGCUUUUCAAGUGUGUCAUUCCAUUUCCAACCCACAUGGAAAUAAUAACAAUAGGUCAUUGGAUUCCCCAUAUUCGUAGCAAGUGCAGCGGCUAUAGCUAAUUAACUUUUUCACUCUCAAAAGAUCUUGCAGUGCCUCACUUUUGUAUACUGUGUUGUUCACUUAGCUCAUUCUGAAAUGCGCUUUCUUCAGACUAAUCUCCCGUAGUUUUUUGUGCAGUGAGUGAUGGCUUGGAGCUGAGACCGAAAUACAAUGGUAUCCUGCAUUGCCUGACAACCGUCUGGAAGCAUGAAGGUUUACGUGGCUUGUAUCAAGGGGUCACUCCAAACAUAUGGGGAGCAGGUGCCUCUUGGGGCCUCUACUUUUUCUUGUAAGUUUAAACUACUUUCCAUCGUUCUGGUCAAUAUUUGAAAGACUAAUACUGAAUAUUUGAAAGGCUAAUCUUGAAGGACCUUUGUACCAGAGGCUGCAGUUCACUGGAGAGUUUUUGAGCUAGACUGGUAGAGCAAGCAAUGUAAAUUUGGCUGGGACAAGGAAUACCAGUGUGGCAUUUUAAUUUAACCCUAAUUUAAUAAUAAUAAUAAUAAUAAUAACUUUUAUUUAUAUCCCACCCUCCCCAGCUGAAGCCGGGCUCAAGGCGGCUAACAACAAUAAAACAGUACAAAAGUACAGCACAAACAACACUCUAAAAUCAUUCAUUAUAAAAUUAAUUAAUUCAAGCCACUGGCAACCAUUGGGCCAGAGCUCCGCGAAGAUUGCCGAGGGAGGGAGUCAGGCUGUGCCCUGGCCAAAGGCCUGGUGGAACAGCUCUGUCUUGCAGGCCCUGUGGAAAGAUGUCAAGUCCUGCAGGGCCCUGGUCUCUUGUGACAGAGUGUUCCACCAGAUCGGAGCCACGGCCGAAAAAGCCCUGGCUCUAGUUGAGGCCAGCCUAACUUCUCUGUGGCCUGGGACCUUCAAGAUGUUUUUAUUUGAAGACCGUGAGUUUCUCUGUGGGGCAUACCAGGAGAGGCGGUCCUGUAGGUACGAGGGUCCUAGGCCGUAUAGGGCUUUAAAGGUUAAAACCAGCACCUUAAACCUGAUCCUGUACUCCACCGGGAGCCAGUGCAGCUGGUAUAGCACCAGGUGAAUGUGAUCUCGCAGCGAAGACCCCGUAAGGAGUCUCGCUGCAGCAUUCUGCACCCACUGGAGUUUCUGCACCUCCAUGGAAAGGGAGGUGUCGAAGAUUACACCCAAACUCUUAACGGACGGUGCUGGCACUAAUUGCGCCCCUGCAAGAGAUGGGAGUUGCUCCCCCAUUCCCAUAUCGUCCCGUCCCAGCCACAGGACCUCUGUCUUCGAAGUAUGAAAUGAAGUAGUAGUGCACACUAUGUCAUAAGUAUCUUAUCCCUACAGUUAAUAGUGAGGGAAGCUGGGCAUCUGCUAUUAAGUUCGCAGGACCUAGGGUCAAGUCUGAAGAUUGCACAGAGCUAAUCUUCUAAUUAUCAACAGCUUUUACUUGUGUGACUUCUGUUGCUCACUUCUGUUGCUCUGGAUUACUGCUCGCCAGCCACAGCCAAAUCUUAUUACCAUCACACCUAGAGGCCAUGAGGUUCUUGUCUGGGGUGUGUGUGUGUGUGUGUGUGUGUAUAUAUAUAUAUAUAUGUAUAUAUGUGUAUAUAUGUGUAUAUAUAUGUAUAAAAUUUGUUGUUUAUAGUAUAGAAGUUUAGUAUAAUAAAGGCUACAUUAGUAUUUGAAACUUUGGAAUAUUGCUUCCUUAUCAGCAUGUUUGCCGGUUUUUACAGGUCCAGUAGCAAAAUGAGCAAUCUCUUAGUCACCAUUGAAUUCUAGUAUUAACUGAAUAUGAGCUGUUAGCAAGGAGGGGGAAGCAGCGUAAUUGCUUACAGAUAUAGCUUUUUCUUUCACAACCUUUGUAAACCUUUUAUUUACAUCAACAUACAAAUAACCAGACACACGCGCGUAAAUAUGUAUGGUAUAGAUAAUAGCCUAAUCGUUAAAUGCUUUAUAUUUCAAUCAUAGUUGUAAAGCUCAUUUUUAAAAAAACCCUCGAAGUAAUAUUAAUUAAUGUAUAGAAUACUAUGAUUGGAUUCCAAAUAACCAAACUUCUAGUUUCAUAUAUCCAUGGGACUUUGGACUCUAGCCCUCUUGGAAAGUUUUAAAAGCAGUUUCUGAUAUGGCAUACAUAACACCUGCUGUUCAAAGAAGAAUGGGGAAGAGGCUUCUACUUACUGAUGUGUGCCCAUGGGCUUGAAAAGUACAUGUUUUGCUUCUAGCCUAUACAUUUUAUAUACAUUGUAGAUAAGCAUGUGUCAUUUUUGUUUGUUCAAAUGUUUGUGUGUUACUUUGUGUGUUGAUAUACAGAAUGUAUUUCACAUAUUAGUAAAACAACUAAUCAGCUUUAACCUUAUCCCAACAUUUCACUCUGCAGCUAUAAUGCCAUUAAAGCCUACAAGACAGAGGAUAAGCUGGAAAGUCUUGGACCAACUGAACACUUAGUGUCAGCUGCUGAGGCAGGUGAGGAAAAUAAAAGUGGGAUUAGCGAAUACUUUCAGCUUUUCCAUAUACUGUAUUUUGUUGUUGUUAUUGUUGAUCAAUAUAUAGGGAAGAGGUUGGCAACUUCUUUAAAGCUGUGGGCACAUUGGCAAACCAGAGACAUUGGGCAGCAUGUACUGCAACCAUGCACACGAGUGCAUCGGAACUGUGCCUCUGCACAAACACACUGCCUCCUGUUAGACAGGCUUUAAAAGGUGUUUUUGCUUUUUUAAAAACCUAAUGGAGUGUGUGUGUGUAUGGGGGGGGCAUACAGCUGGGGAGGCAAGAGUUAACCUGCAGUCUCCAGGAAGAUAAUUCCCCUCCACAACACCUAGGGUGAUUCCAGAGCACUUAGGGUACAGCUGGAAAGGGAAAAGUUGACCCUUUUUCCACCCCAUCCAAAUUGUUCUGCCUGUGUUCUAAUUAGGUUUGCAAGCAGUCUUCUGUUUUCUCCAACUGUAAACCCACCCACACCCGAAAGCUCUUAGUGCUGGAGUUGGGCUUUUAAAAAUUAUUCCAUGGCUACAGUAGCAGACUUCUUUCAACCCUAAUUUCAGCAAGGGAAACUUACAGACACCAAGCAAGAUGUCUACAGGCUCAUGUGUUUCAGUGGGUGCUGUGUUGGUAACCCAUGAUAUAGGGAGUCAAAUGAAAGCAUUUGGUAGAGUGCACACUGUGCAAAUACCCUGUACGAUUGGUCCAUUUUUUAGCAGAAUAUACUUUUUAUCUGCUGCUCUUGGUAAGUGCAGAACAACUGCUAAAUCAACCUGGAAUGUUAAAUGCCAGCGUAAAACUUCAUUGGCCUUAGAAAUUGCCAGGUGUGUGUAGGAGUGCCCAUGUGUUGAGGGGAUGUUGUGUGUUGACAUUAAAAUAACUGUCAGCUCUCCAUCUGAUCAUAGGAGCAAUGACUCUGUGCAUUACAAACCCAAUCUGGGUAACAAAGACUCGGCUUGUGUUGCAGUAUGAAGCUGGUGUUGACCCAUCAAAGAGGCAGUACAAAGGGAUGCUUGAUGCCCUUAUCAAAAUAUACAAGUAUGAAGGUGUACGUGGCCUAUAUAAGGUAAGAUAAGUCAAAGCCAGGACUUCUGGUAUUUGAUAUGGGUAUGACGGUAUUUUACCACUGUGUCCAAAAUCAGUGAAUGGUUAUUACAUGAGUUUCACUGCAAUAAGGUUGCCAGUGGGCUUUAUUAUCAUCAUUUUCCUCCCUCUGCCUCUUUAGCAUUUUCAGUUCUCUUGUCACAGAGCCAUACUUGAGAUAGUGGGAAAGCCAGUUUUUCUUUUACAGGAUUUUCAGGAUUUCCUGGAUAAGCAGGGCAUAGGGCACAAGACUGCUGUUUCAGCAGGUGCAUGGAACAAAAGUGUCUGUGUGCAAGUGAACAGAGAAUUGCAAAAUGGGAUGAAGGCACAAUUGCUGAGUUCACAUUUGCCACAUGAGUAUUGGGCGGAAUCUUUAUCGUGUUUUUGUUACACUUGGUUGAGAAAGGUUUCAAAAGGUUUGGGAUGUUCUCCUUUUGUAAAGCUAUUUAACAGAAAACCUUCUGUUGCCCAUUUUAGGGUGUUUGGGUCUCAUGUGAAAUCUGAUGCUCCAGGUGGGGUAAAGAAUGCGAGAGGCAUUUUUGUGGGUUAUGAAAAGGGUCUCUACAGAGUAAUUUUGUCUGAAUCUGGUCAGGUGAUUCUCACAAAAUUUCUAGAGAGUGCUCCUGAACAGGAGAGAGUAAUUGUUCACACAUUUCCGACUAAGGACAAUUCAGAUGAUGAUGAUGAUUUUACUGAUUACAGUGGUACUGAGAGUGACAGUAAUAGCUCAAAGAGCUCAGUUGACACAGUCAUUGAGAGGAAAUCUCACACAAUGGAUAGACCUUCACAGGUGAGGGAUGAACCACUGUUUACUAUUGGAACUGGUUCUCCAAAUAGUCCUGAGACUGAACCAGUGAGCAGAGAGGAUCAGCACCUCAUACGCAAGUCUGAGAGAGUUACAAAGGGUGUACCACCCAAGAGGUAUUCAAAGGAGUUUGCUAAGUCAGCUGUUGCAUGUGUUACUACAGUGGUGCCUCGCAAGACGAAAUUAAUUUGUCGUCUUGCGAUUUUUUUCGUCUUGCAAAGCACGGUGUCGGGAAAGUUUUGGAAAAGCUUCAAAAUCACCAAAGUCUUUAAAAACCUCAAAAAAGGCUACCACACCGCGUUCUAUGAGUUGCUCCUCGAAGUCAAGUUGCAACUGUAUUAACGGUGUUAAGAAAAAGGAAACAAACUUGCAAGACGUUUCCGUCUUGCGAAGCAAGCCCAUAGGGAAAAUCGUCUUGCGAAGCAGCUCAAAAAACAAAAAACCCUUUCGUCUAGCGAGUUUUUUGUCUUGCGAGGCAUUCGUCUUGCGAGGUACCACUGUAUUGUAGACAACUCAAGACAGGUUAAAGCUGUGUCCAAGUCAGAGACAAAGACACAACAGGGAGUUGCUAAGCGUAACACUACAUUCCCUAGCCAACGUAAUGCAGAUGCGCUCAUUCCUUGGAAGUCAGACAACCAGAGAGGUACACUGGGGAAACCAGUGGCGGGUAGUUCCAAGGGUGGAACUGAAACAACAGGGGAUUGUUAUAUGUAUAACAACUGUUUGUUUUCUUCUCUGGAUCAAGCUUUGUUCGCAGCUCACAUUGAUUCAUAUGGGGGAGUAUGUUACGAUAUGGAUGCAAUGCAGCUGCCAACUGCUAGCUUGAAAACAAAACAUGAUGGGAAUGUUGGGACUGUCCGUGGGAAACAGAGCGACAGUCAGUUCACAGUGCGAAGCACCGGAAUUAGCUCAGAGUGUAAUAUGAGCUCUUCCUUCUGUUCCUGUACAGGAAGUACAGGAAGUGUUCGUCACUCGACUGCUGGAGCUUGAAGAGAGCAGUCAUGUUUUUUGUAACGCUGCAAAGACAGAAAUAAAGACAUGUAGAUACGUUUCCGUCUAUCUCUUUCCCCUGCCGGGGGGGCAGGAAAGAGGGGGGGUGUUCUUCUCACGCCGAGAAGGAUCGCCUAUCAUGACCUCUGCCUGGAUCCUGCUGGGGAAUGCAGACAGGGAGGUCAACAGGAGAUCAAGCCGGGUGCCUGGAGAGUUGCCAGUUACUACUGAUAUAGGCUUGAAUUCCGACAGUGAGGAGUUCAGUCUAAACCGAGUCAGGAUUAGCAUUUGGGCCAGUAUGCCUGAGUUAACAGAUAAUUCUGUUCUGUAGUGGCAGAACCAGUAGAUAGGAACGGAUAGGUAGCAGGAAAAGACAUACUUGUGAGUAGACUGAAUGGAAAGUAGUUUUUGUCAGUUCAUGAUGCUGCAAAGUGAGGGGCUUCUGAUCUGGGAGAACUGGGAGCCCUGCCUUCUUGCUAGAUCAGUGGACUGUCUUUAGAGGAUGAGGUGCUUCCUGACCACAGACGACUGGUGCACAGACAUCACCUAACUGGAACUGCAUAGUAAAAAAUAAAACUCCAAGAGACCCAGGAAUGAGGCCCCUCCAUGGGGCUUUGGAUCCAGUUAGCACCCCCCCUCCUCAAAAGGCCCCUUUCUGAACUGAACAGGUGGGAGCAGCAGCCUAUUACCUGCCUGGGCCUUCUCCCUCUGCGGGUAGAAAUCAUUGUGCUUUCUUAGAUCUCCCAGCCAUUGACUUGGAAGGAUUUUUGAGAAGUUAAAAGUUGAAUUACAAUAAAGUAUUUAUAGUGUGUGUAAAAAAAAGGCUAUAUAAAUAUGUAUAAGAUACUCAAGACACACAAUAACUACAGUGGUGCCUCGCAAGACAAAAUCCGUUCCGCGAGUCUCUUCGUCUUGCGGUUUUUUCGUCUUGCGAAGCACGGCUAUUAGCGGCUAUUAACGGCUUAGCGGCUUUAAGAAAAAGGAAACAAACUCGCAAGACGUUUCGUCUUGCGAAGCAAGCCCAUAGGGAAAUUCGUCUUGCGGAACGACUCAAAAAACGGAAAACUCUUUCGUCUAGCGAGUUUUUCGUCUUGCGAGGCAUUCGUCUUGCGGGGCACCACUGUAUCGCAAUAACAAUAGACAGAUUAAGCGAUCACAGGCUUUGAGAUAGUAGUCUUUAAUUUGUGUCUGAGCUUCAUAAAAUUCCUACAUUUAUUAUUUCAUUAAAAAAUUACAUGACUUGAUUUUAAAAAAAUAAUAAUCCUCAAAGAGGUUUACAAAAAGAUAAGGCAAUAAAAUUAAGAAUAUUUUGCAACCAUACUUGAAAACAUACAAAAGUUAAAAUACUAAAACACUAAAAUUACCUCAACUUUUUAAGCAUCUGGGUAGGUUUGUCUAAAGAAUAAUGUUUUUAGCAGGCACUGAAAAGAGUCCAGUGAAGGCUCCUGCUUGUUACCAAUAGCCAGGAAAUUCCAAACUAGGUGUUGCCACACUAAAAUACUGAGUUCUUACAAACGUAGAAUGACUAUUAUGUGGCACCUGUAGUAGUGCCAAUUCCGUCGAUCAAAGUGUUUGAGUGGCACAUGUAGGGUGAAGCCAUCUCGUAGAUAAACUGGUGCCAAGUUAUUAAGGGCUUUGGAUUACUAAUAGUAACACCUUGAACCUGGCCUGGUAGCAAAUCAGCAGCCAGUGCAGGUCUCUGAGCCCAAGCAAUCAUGCUGUAGCAUUCUGCACUAACGGCAGCUUCCAGAUCAAGCUCGAGGGCAGCUGCACAUAAAGUUCAUUGCAGUAAUCCAGUCUUGAAGUAACCAAUGCAUGAACUACUGUCGGAAGGCUUUUCUGGUCUAGAAAUUGCUGCAGCUGUCACACCAGUAGCAGUUGGUAAAAGAUACUUCUAGUCACAAAGGCUACCUGAGCCUGCAGUGUCAGAGCUGGAUCCAAAAGUAUCCCCAAACUGUGAACCUGCUCCUUCAGGGGGAGUGCAACCCCAUCCAGGAUAGACAACUAACUAAUUUCUGAGGCACAGGAACUACUCACCCACAGUGCCUCCAUCUUACCAGGAUUAAAGCUCAGCUGUUUUAUCUUUCUUUCUUUCGAAAACUGGUUUCCAUAUAUUUUCUUCUCUUACAUGCAUAUUUUUUCUGUAUUUGGCCAUUUCAACCAGCUUCCACAUUCUGGCAUUAUAAACUUAUAACUGUAAAGUUAUAUUGCAUUGUUUAUAUACAUUUUGUGUCAUAGGUUGCUCAGCUUUUCAUAUGAAACUGCAUUUUAAAUUGUCUGAAAAACUCUGUUCAGGGCUUUGUACCUGGUCUGUUCGGAACAUCGCAUGGAGCACUUCAAUUCAUGGCAUAUGAAGAAUUGAAAUCAAAAUACAAUAGACAUCGAAACAGGCGAUCGGAUUUGAAAUUGGUAAGACAUCCUGUGAAAUGGAAGUAUCUAGUUAGAAUUUAAACUUAGAACUACUAACACUUGUAUAAUGAUAGAAAUAAGCAGCGUAAAAUGUGAAAUUUUGUUUUUUGUUCUUUUAGUGAAUUUGUUGGGAGCUAAAAUUGAUACCAUUUUCUUUUUAGAGCACUUUAGAAUAUAUCACAAUGGCAGCACUGUCGAAAAUUUUUGCAGUUUCAACUACAUAUCCCUAUCAGGUUGUGAGAGCACGUCUCCAGGAUCAGCACAACAGAUACUCUGGAUUGGUCGAUGUCAUCCGUAGGACAUGGAGGUAGGCCUGGAGAUAUAAAGCUGGUGUGAAAGGGCUUCCUUUGUUAUCACUGAUGUACUUGGCAUUCUUAAAGACAUAAAGCUUUCAACUUUUCCUCUCUGUGUGUUUCCUCUCUGUGUUAUAUCAGCUGGGUGACUUUAUAAUUAUUUGAGAGAAGUUCAAAACAAGCAUGAAUGGGUUUGUGAGAGCAGUAGAGAAACUAAAGCAGCAAUCCUAAGCACAUUUGCUGAGAUUAAGCCCCAUUGAGUUCAUUGAGUAAACCUGAUUUGGAAUGCACUGUAAAAGUAGUGAAGUAUAAACAGGUAGGGAUAUUCAUCUAAGUCAUACUCAGGUUAAAAUUUAUUGUAACCCUGUUGAGUUUCAUUGUUGAUUUCCCCAGCCCCAUUUUUAACUGCUUUCCUUGGCAGGUUGCAUCAUCACUCUUACCUAUGGGAUGGGCAACUGUUCCAUCAUUCCUCCACCUCCCGCUAUAACAAGGUCUCCAGGAUUAUCCCACAACAAAUUGGGUGGAGGGUUAACAGAAGGACUGUGGAGAUGUAAUUUACAUGUUUCCAAAAAAAAGGAGAAAAUCACCUGUCACAUAAAGUCACAAAACCCUAGAUAUAUUGAGAAGUGUUGUACAAGGUGAAAUAGGCCAUGUGUAAUCUUUUGUCGGGUUAUGUGCCGGAAAGGCUUAGCCAUGAAACCUAACAGCAGAGGUUUUCCACAAAAAGCAAAAACAGACAAGUGCUCUAGCAGAAAAGAUGUGGGGUCAGCUUGAUCAAAUCAGAAGUGAAAUGCCUGUUGAGAAAUCACUUGAGAACAACAACCUUGUAUUGUUAGCUAGGUAUAAUCUUGCUAAAGUCAGUUUGGCAGUUUGUGGACAGUCUCUGUUUUCUAGGCAUCCAAGGCGAUUGUAACACUUCUCUGUGCAAAUAAGCUUUCAGUGUUAUUUCAGUAUGGACUUUCAGUGCUUUCCUGAAUUAGGUAUUGCUUUAGAAAUUCAGUUUUCAUGUUUCAAGAUGGUCUUUGUAGAAGUGUCACCUAAAAGAUCAAUUUAGAAUAAAAAUAUGUGGAUAAUUAUUUAUCUAUUAUGGGUUGCAUCCAGCCAAGUCAAACUCAGAACAGACUCAUUGAAAUCAAUGGACCUAUUUUAAAUAUCACUUAGUUGGAUUCAGACCUGCUUUUAUACCUUGCCUUUCUUUCUAUCGCUGAUACUCAAGACCACAAUAAUUAAAUAUAAUAAGAACAAUAAAAUCAGAAUAAUGUAAUUUAAAGUUAAUAGGCUGAAUGAUUUCCCUCUAUAAAAUAUGUAUGGAAGUUGCAAGUAAAUUCUUUCUGCUUCUCCCUAGGAAAGAAGGAGUUCAUGGAUUUUACAAAGGAAUUAUACCUAAUGUUCUCAGAGUCACUCCUGCAUGCUGUAUUACCUUUGUAGUAUAUGAGAAAGUAUCCCAGUUGUUGCUUAGCCUGAAGAAUGGUAACUAAAUAUUGGUGAUUGCUUCAGGAAAGGACAUCAUCACCUUUUGGCUCUGCAGCAAAUCAGAUAUUCAAGACAGCUGUCUGGUUUAUUUUUCUGGUAUUCACAGAAGAUGGAAACUAGAACUCAUUUUGUUCUACUAGAUAAAUCUUUUCUGUAUUGAAUCUUCAAUCUUUGCCAGGAAUAUUACCUCAUCUGAACAUUCUGGAUGAGAAAAUAGAUGCAAUAUGUGGUUUUAAAAUUUUGCUCUAGAGUGAAUUGUUCUCUCUUAACCCUGCUAUAUGAACAGCAGUGGACUCUUAAUGUACAGUGGUGGGUCUCUGGUGUAAAAAAUAUUAGAUGGAAUAAAUUCCCCAACAGUGUUUCAGAUUAUUGCAUAUUACCUGAUACCUCACCAAUAAAUUGUGCAUGUAUUUAUCCACAAUGAAUUCAGCUUUUCAAAUUCUUUUAUUCUCCAACUAGCAAGGAUCAGUGUAAUUGAGAAGCUUUUGGAUUCAGUAGUAUAGAACUGGAAAAACAUGUUAGUUUUGAAUGCAUAAUAUGGCUCUCAGCACACUGCAAAAUGGGGAAAGUGCUAAAGUACUAUGUUGUCUUUAAAGCAAAUAUUUAUUAUGUUGCCUUGCUGGUAUCAAUGUUAUAUAUGCGUAUCUGAAUACAUGUAACUUUUCUUUACAGCUUUUGAAAAAUAGAAUGUUAGAGUUCAACGUGUAGCCUGAUCUAAUGCAGGCCCAGCAUCAAAACUUGUCAUGGUCAGGCACCACCAACCAGAACCCUACGACAAAGCGCGGUGGAAGGGCCUGUCACUGCUGGAAAGCUGUUGGAUGGGCAUUGAGAAGCAUUUGCUUUUGCCACCACUCCAGACUCCCCUUAUCCAUCAUUCACCAUCCAACAGCCAUUUCACCAGUCUUCUUGCUGCUGCUAUAUUGCUCCUUGCCAAACCUACCCAGCCUCUUCUGGGCAAAACAUUCCAGAAUCGGCAAGGUCCCUGCUGCUCUGCUUAAUUCCAGUCUCUGGCUGCAAUGGAUGCUCUUUUGGCCCUGUGGCUGAGCAGGCUUAUAUAUGCACUCCCAAUUCCCUUUAUUGCUCAAACCUUGCGGAAGCUUCAGAAUGAGAAAGCACAGUUGAUUCUGGUGGCUUUAUUUUGGCCUUGCCUUCUGUGGAUUUUGGAACUCCUUCACUUGUUUAUAUCAGCCCCAGGGCCUGACCUGGAUCCAGAGUGGUUGAAACUGUUGAUGUGGUUCUUGAGCAGCAAAGUCCAAAGAAAUCUGGAUUAUCUUCAGCUAUUAUUGAUACCAUCAUGGCAUGCUGCAGACCAUCCAAUGUAAGAAUCUUCCAAUACACUUGAAAAGCGUUUGCCCACUGCUGCACUACCAAGAGCACAUGUUCCUGCAAGAAUGUGCUUGACUUUCUUCAGGAGGGUUUGCAGAUGAGGCUGACAGUGAACAUCCUACGUAGAUAAGUCUCAGACACUUCCUCGGUGUCUCUUCAUUCUUCGGUGUUGUUUGGUUCUCAUCCUCUUCUCAAAAUGAUUUCUUCAAGGGCUACUUUAAUGUGUGGUCCCCCCAACCUGAGAUCUCCAUAAGGUCCUUUUCGCUUUAUGACGUCCUCUUUCGGAGCCACAAAAGUUUGCACCUCUUUGGAUUCUUCCCUCUUAGUUGCACUUAUAUCAGCUUGCCGGGCCUUGAAGUUGAAUGCCCUUUUCUAUUAACAAACAACUGCAUUUUUCAUAAAAAGUGUUCUAUAGACUGACCCUUCUUUUGUACCAAAGAUAAAUUCUGCCUUUCAUCAACAAGAUUUGGUUUUACCUACUUUGUCCAGAUCCUGUCCUGAAGUUUCAUCCUGUUUUAAGGGACCUUCCAAGGGUUUCUUGGGGCUUCCAAAAGCCUGACAUCCCCAUUAAACCUAUGUGUGCUUGUGUAUGCAUUUUUUAUGAGACUUGCAUUCCAGGAAAGUGUGCAUAGGGCUGCAAGCUUAAAACUCAUAGAAAUAAAGGUCAAGCAUGAUUGAGUCAACAUUUGUUUAUGGUCAUAGUGCUUAGUAUAGUUUGCAUUAGCUGGCGGUCAUCUAAUGACAUUUUCUAAGUGGACUCAUUAAAAUCUAUGGGCUCUUAACUAUUCUAAUGGAUCAACUUUGAGUAUGACUCACACUGGAUACCACCCAUUGAUCAUAGGGUUCUGCAUGCCAUUACUAGGAGAAACUGAAUUUUUAACGUGCAAAUAGAAGGGGAAACCUAAAUAAAAUGAAUGUGUAGAUCAAAGGGUCAUUUGAAAACAGGUGGUUGUCAUUAUUCGGAACUUGGUAAGUAAUUAUAACUUAACUAGUUUAUGAGCAGAAUAAAACAAAAAUGAAAACCCAAUUGGUUUUUUAGAUGCGGCUUUCUGGAACACCACCACCACCCCAUGUCACAGGCAAAUUGCCUUUGAAAUCGAACAGAAUUUCACUGUUUGAUGGGAUAUGCACAUCAGCAGUUCCAAGUCUACAGUUAUGCUAGCACAAGCCCCAUGGAUUCCCGCCUAUAAAUUACUUGGAUAAAGUAUAGCCAAUGUUUAAAGCACUCUUACCCAUAUCCAGUUUAAAUCCUUGGUGAAUUAGAAAUAGUUAAAAUGGUGCUUGGAUAGAAAUUACUGGUUUUUUUAUCCAGAUGGGCUUUGUAUAAGUACAUGAGUGGCUUUGGCUAGUGGCCCUGCCUUUUCCUCAGAUGGUAUGGGGAAAGCUAGCCUGGAAGUGGGGGCAGGCAGCUUGCUUUGCCCUCCUUGCAGUGGCUGGGAAGCACUGUGCUCCAGCUGCUGGUUGCCUUGAGAGUACAGAAGCAAUGAGAAAGGGUCUGUGGCCCCAUCAUUGGUCCAAGGAACAUAAGCCACCAGUAUACCUAAUCAAGCAAAAUGGAGGAUUAGCCUGGCCUCAGCUGGAUAUACAUGCCAACUGUUGUUUUUCACUGUUCCAUUAUCAACCUGAAUAACUAAUCCUCUAUAUUCUCCUACUUACCUUCAUUUUGCAUAUUGCCUUUUUGAUUUGUAAAACUGGGCCUCUCAUUUUUUAAAUUGAGUCUCAUGAGGAGACCAUGCUUGUCUGAAAAGUGAGGAUACACAGCAUGGUUUUAACUAUAGAAAGUUAUCAUACAAAAAACAUAUGAAAGCAGGUAUCCCCAAAUGGCAGAAAGGUCCCUGCAUAUGAGGAAAAUGCUACAUGGUAUAUAUUCAGCUUAUUUUUGUAGUUUUAUUUAAUGUUUAAAUUGGAACAAAAGGGCAAGAGAAAGUCUAAAAGCCCUGUGUAUGAAUUUCCUUGUAAUUGUAGGUUCUUUAGUUUCAUUCUUUAAUACAAGUUGUACGUAAUGUACUUGAACCCCCAACAAAUUAGACGUGGGUUGAUUAAAUUUGUGUCCAGAAAACCCAUUUUCAAUGCCUAAGAAUACUUGGCAAAUGAGGAUAGUAUGUAGCUAUCCUGCAUGCAUAUUCCACAUUGCUUCCUGAGCAUGUCAUAUAGAACCAUCUAUGAAGAUGCUGUACUUGCAAAGUCUCACCUGAACUCACCUGCAAUGCUUUUUAUAUUAAAGCUAGUUCUUUGAGAGGGUGACAUGUAUUUGUGAGAUUUAUUGGUGCUGCUAACUCAGCUUGACCUUCCAUUUAGCUUAAAGCAAAAGUUCCAUGUAUUUUUCCAGUUUGCACGGGCUGAGCUCCUAUGUGAGUAAUCACUGCCAUUCACUACACUGCAGGUUGAAGUUUUGCAUACAGAAAGGAAUGAACUUGUGGCCUUGCCCUGCCUUGAAAAAGGAAGAGUGUGCACAUGCUUAUCAGAGCCCCUGAGCCUGAAGUAGCUAUUUUCUAGAAAGCAAUCAGAAUUCAACUAUAUUGACAUUACAAGUGGUUUUUCACCCACACCCCUUUCAAUGCAAAGUUGGUGAGAUUUUAAUUAAAACUGUACUGAUUUGUGGUAGUAGGUGUAGGCUUGGGCAAAUUUUAUUUGAUAACAUAUAUUAAAAUUCCUUUUAUUUGGCUAUUUCUAAACGAUUGUCUUUAUUAACAAAUGUAAGAAUUGCCUACAAAUUGUACAAAAGUAGUACAUAAAUCCAGAAAGUGUAUAAACCCAUAAACUAAACUUUUUUAAAAAAGAAAUCCAUUGGUUACAGAUAUUUUCUGUAGAACAAGCUUGUGCGUUAUAGUCAAGUACUUUGAUAACAUAGAAAACUAUAGAUUUAAAGCAUGGAGUUAAUAUGUAAGGUAUGAAAUAUAAGUGGUCAAAGGGGGGAGAGAAUCUUUGAAAGAGCUCUAUUUUGGCAGUUCUUCUAUAAUGAUGCGAGAGACUGAGUUCCAUCCAGUGGAAGCAUCUCCAGGUGGGUAAUCGGAACAAGUACCAACCCAAACAGCAAUAUCCACCAGGCCAGCGCUGAUCCCUUCACAUAGUCCUUCCACUGUAUAAAAGACAAAAAGCAUAGUGGUUUCGCCCAAAAUAGAGGGAAUGAACCUGUGCCCACCAGGCACUGUUUCAUUCACCUCCCAUCAUCCCUCUAUUACUUUCAAAAAAUAACCAUGUUCAUUAUUUUCAGUGGUUCUACUCUGUGUAGGACUAGCAUUGGAUGCACCCUUGUAUGUCCACACAGAAUUGCAUGGAAAUAAUAAAAAGUUUUAGUGAAUGUUUGCAACAGUACAACUAAUAGGCAGGGAGUUCCAAAGGACUGGCAUCUUUAAAAAGAGAAGAGCCACUUUUGAUGCUGAUUACUGUAGUUCAUGUUUAUUUCUUUUAUUAACUGUCACUAGGAGGACCCAAGACCCCUUAAAAAUCUUUUUUGCUUGGUUAUUUUACUUAACAUGCUGUUAUUUUCUGCCUUAUACACAUCGUGACUAUAUUUUGCUUUGUAUCUGGUGAUCAACACCCAUUAUUUGUUUGUAUUGUUUCAUGUUAUUCUUAACAAAAUUUAUAUUAUAGACAU